GAUCCUUCAAAAUGUGGACGCAAGAAAACAGUCUCCUUCAGCAGCAUGCCCUCAGAAAAGAAGAUAAGUAGCGCAAGUGACUGCAUUAGCUUCAUGCAAGCUGGCUGUGAACUGAAGAAAGUCCGGCUAAACUCUCGUAUUUAUAAUAGAUUUUUUACUCUUGACCCUGAUUUGCAGGCACUUCGCUGGGAACCCUCUAAAAAGGAUUCAGAGAAGGCAAAACUUGAUAUUUCUGCAAUUAAAGAGAUCAGAUUAGGGAAGAACACAGAAACAUUCAGAAACAAUGGACUUGCAGAUCAGAUUUCUGAAGACUGUGCCUUCUCCAUUAUUCAUGGAGAAAAUUAUGAAUCUCUAGACUUAGUUGCCAAUUCAGCAGAUGUGGCCAACAUAUGGGUGUCAGGUUUACAGUACCUAGUUUCUCGUACUAAGCAAUGUUUGGAUUUGAUAGAGAGUAGUCAAAAUAGUCCACGGUUUGCUUGGCUCACAUCUGUAUUUGAAGCUGCAGAUGUUGAAGGCAAUGGGAUUAUGUUGGAGGACACAGCUGUAGAAUUAAUCAAACAACUGAACCCAGCCUUAAAAGAGUCCAAAAUCAGAUUAAAAUUUAAGGAGAUUCAAAGGAGCAAAGAGAAACUAACAACUCGUGUAACAACAGAAGAAUUUUGUGAAGCAUACACAGAGCUUUGUACAAGACCUGAAGUUUAUUUUUUGCUAGUACAAAUAUCUAAAAACAAAGAGUAUGUAGAUGCCAAGGAUCUCAUGCUUUUUUUAGAAGCUGAGCAAGGGGUUGCAGGUAUCACUGAGGACAUUUGCCUUGACAUCAUUCGUAGAUAUGAAUUUUCACAGGAAGGGCAGUUGAAAGGUUUCCUUGCAAUCGAUGGGUUUACACAAUAUUUGUUGUCUCCAGAAUGUGAUAUUUUUGAUACCACACAUAUAAAAGUUGUUCAAGACAUGACCCAGUCUUUAUCACACUAUUAUAUUAACUCAUCUCACAAUACCUAUCUGAUAGAAGACCAGGUCCGAGGGCCAGCAGAUAUCAAUGGCUAUAUCAGGGCACUGAAGAUGAGCUGUAGAAGUAUCGAACUGGAUGUUUGCGAUGGGCCAGAUAACGAACCCAUCAUUUGUAACUGUAAUAAUAGGGCAUCACCUCUGUCCUUUAAAUAUGUAAUUGAAGUAAUCAACAAAUUAGCCUUUGCUUCUUCAGAGUAUCCUCUUAUUCUCUGCUUGCAAAACCACUGCUCCAUACAGCAGCAGAAAACUAUGGCUGAACAAAUGAAGAAGACUUUUGGGACCAAACUGUACACAGAUGCACCACUACCAUCAGAAAUGUAUCUGCCAUCUCCAGAGAAACUGAAAAUGAAGAUUAUAAUCAAAGGAAAGAAACUGCCUUAUGGUAAGGAUUUAUUAGAAGGAGAAGUCACAGACGAAGAUGAAGAAGCUGAAAUAUCUCGCAGAAAGUCUGAAGAAUGUUUAGGGGACCCAAAAAUGUCCUGGCUAUGCAAAGAGCUUUCUGAUCUUGUAACUAUAUGUAAAUCAGUCAAAUUCAAGGACUUUGAGAACUCAAUGAAAAGUCAGAAUUAUUGGGAAAUGUGUUCCUUCAGUGAAGGAGAAGCCAGUAAAAUUGCAAAUGAAUGUCCAGAAGACUUUGUCAAUUAUAAUAAGAGAUUUCUGUCUCGAAUAUAUCCAAGUGCUAUGAGAAUAGAUUCCAGUAAUGUAAACCCACAAGAUUUUUGGAACUGUGGUUGCCAGAUAGUGGCAAUGAAUUAUCAAACACCUGGGCCAAUGAUGGAUUUACAUACUGGAUGGUUUCUACAGAACGGGGGUUGUGGUUACGUCCUUCGACCUUCUGUAAUGCGAGAAGAGGUGUCUUACUUCAGUGCAAACACAAAAGGCAUCGUCCCGGGGGCUUCCCCGCAAGUUUUACAUGUCAAAAUCAUCAGCGGACAAAACUUUCCAAAGCCCAAAGGGGCCUGUGCCAAAGGGGAUGUCAUAGAUCCUUAUGUGUGUCUAGAAAUCCACGGCAUCCCCGCCGACUGUACCGAACAGAGGACUAAAACUGUUCAACAGAACAGUGACAAUCCCAUUUUUGACGAGAGCUUUGAGUUUGAGAUCAACUUGCCAGAGCUUGCCAUGAUCCGUUUUGUAGUCUUGGAUGACGAUUAUAUCGGCGAUGAAUUCAUAGGCCAAUAUACGAUCCCUCUGGAGUGUUUACGGUCAGGCUAUCGACACAUACCUCUGCGCUCUUUCGUAGGGGAGAUCAUGGAGCACGUUACACUUUUUGUGCACAUUGCAAUAACUAACCAGAGCGGUGGAGUAAAGCCCCAAAAGCGUAGCCUGACGGCUAGAAUGGGAAUGAAAACCAGAGACUAUACUAUGCUGAGGAACACAAGCCUUAAGAUUAUAGAUGACAUCUUUAAGCUAGCUGUACACCCAUUGAGGGAAGCUACUGACCUGCGGGAGAACAUGCAG